AUGUGCGAGUCGACGCAACGACGCAAUGCGAGCGAAAUGAUGCGGGAAAAUACGGAUUCAGAGGCCUUUUUCGAAAAGUAUACGAUAUCAGAAAGGACCAUGGCGAGACUUGAAUCUAUCAAGGAAGCGAUGAAGGAUAACAUCGCCCAAGCCAAUCCAUUAUGGAAACUUAUAGCUGGACAGGAUGAAGAAGAAAUAUCUUUGGAAAGUGAAGAAAGCGACAAUAAUGAUGGCUCAAUGAACAAUAGCGAAUCCCAAAUAAUACCUGAUCAAUCAGAACCACUACCAUCCACUCAAUUCUACUUCACACAAUCGGAGAGACUCAUAGAACCAACUACAGCUAAUACUAUUUUGGCGCAAAGAUGUGAUAUUUUAGAAUGUGCAUGUGAAAAUUUAGAACGAAAUAACGGUAGGCUGGACUUUGCCCAAUUAGAGAACCUGUCUGAGGAAGAUCUUGUCCCACUGGUGGAUGAGAUAGCAAAAAAAUUAAGUCUCAAGGGCGUCUACAAUCUAUGUCAGUCAAUGAGCAAUAUGACGAUCGAGCAGAGAUUAAAGUAUCUUAAUACAUUUUGCACACAUCUAUUGCUACCGAAGAUAAUUGAUCUUGAGGAGCCAUCUCGUUUAUUGUCAUCUGCUAUUGUCGAAUGCAUUAAAGUAUUUCCAGAUGAGGUUCAGCAACUUAUAUUUGUCCCUAUUCUCAAUACUGAAUUGAAAGACGUAACAUCGGUUAUCACCAUGGUGAACACAUUUGAUCAGCAAAGAAGAGCAGUUCUUUUAAAAGAGUUUCUUGCACACGUCAAAGAAUUGAAACCAUGGCACAUAUUUAUACUGCAAAAUUUUUUAUCUACAAAACUGGAUCAUAACAUGAUUGACAAAACUAUUAAAUUAUUCUCAGAGAAGGCACUUUAUUAUUCUAAAGAUAAAAACUUUGGAAAGCUUGUACUGUCAUUUUUAAAAAAUAAUACUACACUAUCUGAAGAGCAGAAAACUAUGAUGAUUGAAAUUGCUGCCGUCAAUGACACGUUCUUCAAGAAACCUAUAGAAAAUAUUUUAAGGAAUAUGUAAACGGUAAAUCACAUCUAACGACGCAUACAAUUACUAGGUCCUUUCAAUUAACGAAUUUAUACAUAUAUAUAUAUAUAUAUUUAAAGAUUAUAGUUCUUUAUUAUUAUCUUAACUAUAUUAUAUUUAUUAUUUGCUUAAUUGGGAUUUAAUUCUUCUUACAAUGAUAGUUAAGUAUUUUAAAAUUUAAAUUCAAUGUAUUUUAAAACUUAAAUUUAAUAUUAAUAACAUUACAACAUUUGUCAUUUACAUGUUAUAAUUUAUUUUAGUUUUAAUAUCAAUUAAAAUUUAUUUAAAUAUAAUUGAAGAGUUUCUACUUUUUUCAGAAUAUAGAUCACUUGCGACUUUUCUGUUUUUCUUUUUUUUUUAAUUUUGUCUUGUAUAUAAAUGCUUUGCUAGUUUUGUCAAUUGUAAUUUCUUUGCUAUUUCUUAUUCAACUUUUUAUCUGAACUUGCUCCUUAAUUUUAAUGAUAUAAAAAUGAAAAAGAAAGAAAGAAUUGUCGCUUUUUUUUUAUUUCUUCGAUAAUACUAAAUAUAGAAUGAUUCUUUUCACACCGAGUUUUAUGUGUACUAUUCAUAAUAUUUUUCUUAUAAAUAAAAUUUGCUACUAAGAAUUUGGUACAGAUAUAUUAACCCUUUUAAAGUAGGAAGUGGAAUACUUCCCACCUCAUUUUCUUCAAUUUUUUAAAUAUAACUGAGGUCUGUUACAUCAUAUGAUUGUGAAAUAAACUGUUCUAUAUUUAUUAAUGUUAGAACUAUACACUACUAUACUAGUUUUGCAUCGAUCAUACAUUUUGUAAUUAUUAAUAAAUAAACAAUGAUGAAAAAUG